AUCAGAUAACGUCAAAAGAAGAAAACAAACAUGGCGUCCCUCAGCAGCGACGAGUGGACAGCAAUCUGCGAUAAAUUUACCAACGCCCAAAACCUCACUGAAGUCACAUCUCGAAACGACCCAGAAAAUGACCCUUUUCGUUCCAAAUACAAAGCCAGAGACCUCCUCCGAGAAAUACACUGCUCGCUGAAGAGUUUCGAAGCCGGUGACGGGGAGGAAGACGGCGAGGCGCAGGGCGGCGACCAGCGGCCGACCGAGGCUCCGGUGGACGGCCAGCUCGAGGAAAUGUUCGAGCAAGGCUUCGACGGUGACUCGCCCAGCGGACACAGGACCGCGAGGCUCGCGGCGGUGGAAUAUUACCUGGGCGUGAACCAUGUGGACACGGAGGAGCUGUCGGCCGGCCAGGAGCACCUCAUGAACUGCAUGAAACUGCUGGAGAAAUGCAGAGUGUCUACAGAGAAUGUGUCGUUAUUCAUUCAUGUCCGGAACCAGCUGGGCAUCCUCUGGGCAGGUCGGGAGGAGACUGAGAUGGCACAGGGAUUCCUGGAAACGGCUGAGGCCAUUUACCUGCGCUACAUGAAGGAGGAUGGAAGUCCUCCCACUGAUCUGGUGGAGUAUUUUGCUAGCAAUGAGAAGCUGCUGACACAUCAGGAAAAGAACAAAAAGUUUGAGCUGGCCUACACACACACUAUGUAUUACCUUGCUCAGGUCUAUCAAAACCUUGGUCAGACAGAGCGAGCUGCUGCAUAUUGCCACAGCACCCUGCAGAGACAGCUGCAGUUAGGUCAGUUCAGUCCAAUGGAGUGGGCUCUGAACGCCGCUACACUGUCACAGUAUUACAUCACAAAGGGGCGAUACAUGGAGGGCAGACACUGCCUCUCAGCAGCCACCGUCAUAUCUGGUUUAGCAGGAGAAGUUCCAUCUGAGGCUGCUGCGCAAGAAAGUGACACAGAGCGUGAGCGUCGGGAUCAGCUCAGGCAGAAGAGAGCUGAGAUAGCAAGAUGCUGGAUCAAAUACUGUCUCAUCAUCCUUGAUGAUGCCAAGAAAGCGCUUGAGGACAACAUCGGGGAGCUUGAUACUGAUCUUCAGGAGGAGUUGAAGAGGAAGAGGAGGCUUGAGGUGGAGGAAGAAGAAAAGGGCAGGAAGAGUGCUCUGCUCUUUGGCUCUGAGGACACUUUUGACUCAAUCGCUAGCCUGGAGGAGAAGGUGAGCUGCUUGCUCCCGCUGGACUUUACCGAGGCCAGGAAUGUAUUUUUGGUGGGACAAAACUCUGUCAUACAGGCUAAGGAGUACUUUCAGAUGGAUGGCUAUGUGACGGACCACAUUGAGAUCCUGCAGGAUCAUAGCGCUCUCUUCAGAGCUCUAGCCUUCUUUGAAGAGGAUGUUGAACGACGCUGCAAGAUGCACAAACGACGGGUUGACAUGCUGGAGACCAUCUGCAUUGAACUGAACGCCCAGUACUACCUCAUGAUCCGCAGACAGCUGAUGUUUGAGCUUGCCGAGACCUACAACGAAAUGAUGGACCUGAAACUGACUCUAGCCAACAGACAAGCUGACACACAGUCUCUUGAUAACCACACCAUAAAGAAAUUCAACAGCCUUUGCUCUGCCUCCACCAAGUACUUCCAGAUGUUCCUAGAUUCCCUGCGUUCUCCGGAGGGGAAGUUUCCCGAGCACCUGGAGGAGGAGGUGCUCAGACCGGCCUUGGUGGCCCGCUUCAGAGUAGCCCGACUGCACAGCCGCCUGAUUUGCUCUCUCCCGCUUAUGCAGCUGGACAACCUCAACAACUCACUGGAAAACUACAAAUACAUCGUUCAGUACUGCGAAGCUCACCCUGAGGCCGCCGGCGCCGCGGAGUCUGAGCUGGAGUUGAGCAAGGAGAUGGUGGGCCUGCUUCCUCUCAAAAUCAACCGCCUCAAAGCGAGGAUGGCUGCUAACAACUGAAUUUUGGGCGUACAGUAUUAGAAUUGAUCAUUCCUCGUUCGUGCCGUGUGUGCAUGCUGUGUGAAAUCAAGUGUGUGGCCACAUACAGAGAAUACAUAUUCCCUUCAGUACAGUUUAAAGGGGAGAUAUUAUGGAAGACUGACUUUAUAACAUCUUGUUUGCAAAUUGUUGUGGCUUGCCAUUGGCUCAGCACUAUUCGAGGUGGUGUGAGGCCUGGUGCACUGCACGAAACAGAUCUGCUCUUAAAAUGAACAAAUUCCACCAUUGAAAGUCUAAAAACUGUUAAAAUACGAAAAAAAAUAUUAUUUUAACAUAAACUAUAACCUAACCUUUACUAGGGAUGGAACGUUUUUUGAAAACUGUCAAAACUGUAUGGUUUGACUGUUUUGGCUCUGUCCGCAUGUGUUCCCAUUCGGUUCAUAACGUGCGACUCAUCUUUUUCCAAUGAGGCGACAGUGUUACGCCAAAGCACAGUAGCAAGUUAGCUAAGAUGGCAGUGCGGAUCGUCAUGUGGGUAAUGCCCUCCAGCGAUGCAGCUGCCAACAAUAUUGAACGGGGCGCAUCACCAGAGAUGUUGCUUUGGAGAGAACAGAUUCAGACCCGGGAGAAGCAGUAAGUUGACGGUGGUACUAUCGUGUCUUUUCUUUCCAACGCAAUAUCUCCGGUUCCUCGGCUUCAGAUUUUCUCCAAGAAACCACGGUCGUGAUAUCGCUAUAAUGACUGAGGUGUUUUGAUUACCACGGAAAGUUUGCUUCACCCGAGGAUACGCGAUGCUAGCAUGUAGCGAGCUAGCCUUUAAAAAGAGGGAGGCAUAAACACAAACUGUUGCAAUUCCCACACCGUUUUACCUGAUUUGGAUGUAAAUCCACUCAAAGCUGAAUUCUGCAGCAAACGUAUUGUUCAUUUCGUUUCAAAUCCAUUGUGGUGGUGUUUAGAACCAAAAGGAUGACAAUUGUGUUCAUAUCCUAAUUGUUUAUGGUCGUGACUGGAAGAAUAUCAAUGCUGCUAGUGACAUAAAGAUGAAGUUGAAUGAACUUUAUACAUAAGCUGAGCUCAUUCACGUAUCAUCAGUAGACCUUUGUUGAGCAAAGGCACUGUCAGAUUUCGCUUAUCCGCAGGACUAAUCGGGAAAAAUGUCCUGACCGACUCUCCGUUUAAAGGGUCAAACUCCCCCCUUUUUCCUUUACCGGCUCUAACGCCGUAUGAGCAAGGAGAUGAGGAGCUGUUAAGCCGGUGUCGAGAUGAAUUCGCCUAGGUGUGCUAACUGCCUUUAGUUUUACAGAGCCAAUCCGGUCUGACUUCACGUAUCACCCCUUGAUGAGUAACCACACCGAGUGAAAGGGUAAUAUCGUAAAUACUCCGUUUUUACAGCAGUUCCAUCCCUAAAAAAUCGAUUGCAUUUGUUAAAGACCUAGUAAGUUUAACAGUCCUUGUUAGAACCGUACGGAUUUGUUUUAUUGUUAAGCCGAAGUAAUAUAAAUGAGUUAAGUUUUGGAAUGGAGUUACUACCCGAUAUUAUGGGUAUCGUCGACGUUCAAUCACUUAUAAGAGGUUGAGUGUUAAAAAUGAGAUAACUUCUCAUUAUAAGAAUGACAAAGAUAGAAUAGAAUUAAAGCAAAGUUUUUAUUUCAGUGAUUACUUAAGGUUAAAAUGAUAAUAUGACAGAAAGGGUUUAUAAUAUAAAAAAUCAAUAAUAAUAAUAAUAACAAAAAUUAGAAAGAAAUAGAAGAAAUUAAAAAUAAUGUAUCAUAAAACAAGUAUUGCCUUUUGAGUGAGCCUUAAGGAGUGAUCAAGUCCUACAGAGCCGUGAUGCCGAAUUAAUAAUAAGAUAAUUUGGAAUAUAAGAAACCUGGACAGCUGACUAGCUCUCUUCCCCUUUUUCACGCAACACCAAUAGCGGUUCUAUUAGUUACCUUAUUAUAAUGAUAUUGUAGUCUUACCCAAUUUAAGGAGGAAUAUUCAAAAAUGAGUCACUAUCCAAGUAGCUUGAUAAAUCCCUCCGGCCAGCGUGUCCCUUAGUAUUGCGAAAGAAAAGAACGUGUGUCUCCCUGUCCUGGUCAGGAUAGGAAGCCCCGCUCCUCCCUCGUAUAAGGCUUUUAAAACCUUGGUUUUCUUAGAAACUCCCUUUUUCUAAAAUAUGACAUCAGCGUUGUCCUGACCUGACCUCCUAUUUUUUCUCUCAGCGUGUCCUUAUUUUGACCUGAGCGGGAAGCACCUGUUUUUCCCUCAAAAUGGCGUCAGUGUUAUCCUGACCUGACCUCUUAUUUGCUCACUCAAAUAGGCCUCUUUUUGGUAAAUAUAUCCAUUUCCAAGCAUAUUUCAUAUGUCUUGACUUCAACCAAUACAUUUCAUCUCAUCAUGUUAAGUUCUAAGCAAUUCAGCAGUACAUGAGUAUAUUGUAAAUUCCAAAUAAAUGUAUAUACUUCCAUGUGAAUACAAUUCUCUCAUGCAUUCAACAGGUUCAAUCAUCCUUAUGUGAUAUAUCAUGUGUUAUUGUUGUCUGAGAGAGACAAUUCCACACAGGUUACAGUUCAUACACAAAAGCCGUUACAAAGCAUUAUUCCUUUAGUAUAUCAAAAGUAAGAAUAGUAAAUAAUAGCCUAUCCAGGCCUGAUGUACAUUUUAUCAAUGAUUCCUAAUUGUACAUCCAAGUUUAUAACAUCAAAGAGAACAUCAAAAUCAUCUCAAGGAUAUAAAAUCAAAUAAUGGUUAUAAGUGGUUGACUUUCGUAUGUGUUUGUUUACCAUAAUACGGGGUUUAAUAGAUUUAGGACUUUUAACUUCUUUGCUUGAACUGGCGACUCAUAAUUCUACUUUGGUUUGGCGACCUCUGGUGGUUAAACCAGGGAUUGCAAACUGGGGCUGACACCUAAUCAUGAUCACAAUUUGGUAUGGCGACCCUUGGUGGUUAAACUAGAAAUUGCAAACUGGGGCUAAGCUCAACCAUAUGAUCCCAGCUACAUAAGCCAAUUACUAUCUAUGUUCCAUUCCAUCCAUGCUUCACGUAGCUUCGGCCGCCCACUUGACAGCACCUAUUUUACAUUUGAAAAAUGAAAUGUCACAGUUACCAACCAAACAAAAAUAUAAAAUGUCUGAAUACUGAAAGCUCGUCGAGUUUAGUCACAAAUGUACUUGGUGUGAAAUCUGGGCUUGUUGAUCACAAAGCUGAUAUAUUUGCAGGAAGCCAACGUAUUGUGUUGCAUGAAUAGCAACAGGUGGGUACACAGCUUUAUUGUAACUUUUGCCAUCCAAAGGAAGAGCAUUUAAUUGUUAUGCCUGUCACUAAAUCCCACUGGCAUGAGUAGACGAACUAAGAUAUAUUUCUGAUUCAUUAAAAAAUGUAAUGAUCAUCCAAAAUGACACAACAUAAUUUUCUUAAGAGUCAACGUGUACCGAACCGAAAACCGUCACCACAAAACCGAGGUACGAACGAUGUAUUUUGUAAACCUUUCUACCCCUAACCUUCACAAAUCACCGUGGUGGAAAGACACACCUUAAUAGCUAGAUUUAAUGUAUACAACACUAAUUAAGUCCUUUUGUCAUGUUUUUUAUUUUUUUUUGUUAGUCAUGAUGAAGGAAUUCAUGUGCCCUUCUCUUACUCUUUCUCUGCUGAUUGAUGAACAACUUUGAGGGUCAAACACUUCACCAGUGGAUUGUAUUUAUGUGAUGCCUGGAUCGAUGUAAAAUACUUAAAAGCCUUCCUAUGUUUUGCCUUUUCAAACGUCAUGAUGUAGUUCCCCCCCAUCUUAAUAGCAUCAUGUCAAUGUAGAUAAUGUAUGCAAUGGUAAUAAAUCAUACAGUUAUCACCUACA